GUCAACUGUACAUAGCAACAGAAUUCAUAGUAGGUCCUCGACAAGACCGUACUUGGAGCUAUCGCCCUCUCAUCUGGUACUCCAGCGCGCAAUUGGCCGCCUCGACUUCGCCAUGGAUGUCGUUCUCGAAGUCUUCGACCUCCUGAUAGGGGAUCGAUUGUAUGCGGCAGUCCUUCCGACCACUCUCACCACAUCGCUGUCGCCAGCCCUUUCUACUUUUAUUGAGGACGCGAAUAACACAUUGGCCAUUUUUGGUGAUGCCUCGUCGUAUAAAUAUCAGCCGGCGACGACAUAUCUUUACAUUGAGCCGUCCAAAUACGCUUAUUUGAGUGCCUGGCCGCGCGAUAAUAUUUACAGACAGGCUUUCAGUCUGUUCUUGAUUACAUGGCUUUUCGGAGUUCUCCUAUAUUUCGUCUUCUCCUCCUUAUCCUACGUCUUCGUCUUCGACAAGAAAACCUUCGAUCAUCCCAAAUACCUACGCAACCAGAUCCGCAUGGAAAUCGCCCAAACCAUGGAAUCCAUGCCCAUUAUGUCCAUCCUCACCACCCCAUUCUUCCUCGCUGAAGUCCGCGGUUACGGGAAAAUGUACGACACGUUCGCCGAGGAGCCUUUCCCAUAUUACAGUGUCCUGCAGUUCCCUCUUUUCCUCCUCUUUACCGAUUUCUGCAUCUAUUGGAUUCAUCGUGGUCUUCAUCAUCCAUUGAUCUACAAGAGGCUGCAUAAACCGCAUCACAAAUGGAUCAUGCCCACUCCUUAUGCUUCCCAUGCCUUCCACCCCGUGGACGGUUGGUCGCAGAGUGUCCCGUACCACGUCUUCCCAUUCAUCUUCCCUUUGCAGAAAUGGGCUUACGUCGUGCUUUUCGUCUUUAUCAAUUUCUGGACCAUCAUGAUCCAUGACGGUGAAUAUGUCGCUAAUAGCCCCGUCAUUAACGGCGCCGCAUGCCAUACCAUGCACCAUCUGUACUUCAACUACAACUACGGCCAAUACACGACGCUAUGGGACCGAGUGGGUGGCAGUUAUCGCAAGCCAAAUGAGGAGCUGUUCCAGCGCGAAACCAAAAUGGGCAAGAAAGAAUGGGAGAAACAGGCAAAGGAGAUGGAGGAUAUUUUGCAGACCGUUGAGGGUGACGAUGACCGUCAUUAUUUGGGUGAGGGGGAGAAGAAGAAGACCUCUUAGAUUUGAUGAUUGAUGGAUUGAUUGGUAAGAGGAGGAAUAUGACAUAUAUAUAUAUAUGUUCUGCUGUGUUCUCUCUCUUCGAGAUCAAUGGUUUCACGACCUCACGCCGGCAAUUUUCGUCUCUACCAUGCAUCUGAUUGUAUUAUUAAUAUUCAUUGUAAUUAGUUUCUUUCCCAUUUUUUACGUCGUUUCUACGACAUGUUCUACUGCACUGCAUGUCAUAAUACCUACAGAUUUACAUCUUCUAAACAACUUACUAACUAAUGACUGAAUUAGUUUGAAUUGUCGUCAUGUGUAUGCUAGAUUAAACAGCACAUAGUUCUAGCCCGAGCUGGAAAAAUGAGUAAUAAAAAAACAUGUACACAAAUGU